GAGACGACGCGGCGCUGUGGUGCUUCGUCUCUCUCCGCCGAGCGGCGACGACGCGCCACGAAAACCAAAGCGCCAGGCGUCGAGGCGGUCGAGGCAGCCCCCGGACCACGUCGACACGGUCGGGCAGCGGAGGCGCUACACAUCGCGCAGCACAGCAUAGCACACGAUGCCCGCGGCGCCGGGCAGCCCCCACAGCCCGGGCAGCCCGAGCAAAGCGCGAGGCCUGAAGGUCAAGGCCGUGAUCAAGUUCGGUGAUAGAACGUCGACGCUGACGAUACCCUGUGGCGAUGGCAAACGAACCGUAAGGUGGUUGGGCGUAGUAGCAGCACAACGCUUCGUGCUCGACGGCGCGGCGAAAGGUAAAGUCCGGUCGAGGGAACGGGGCCACACCAUGAGCAAAGCGCAAAUACUCCCGCGGAACGUCUCCACAAGUUCAGAGGCCUUCGCGCAUCCGGACGCGCUGGUCAAGGACAUUUGCGUUGACGGCGACGAGGUCUUCGUGGAGCUCGAUUCCAAGGUUGUGAUGGACGCGGCCAUGCGACCGAUUCGGAGUAAUUGGCAGGUCGUCGCGUUCCAGCGCAACAACGAAGAUGGUCGAAGGCGAGCCUUAGCGGAUGAGUUUUCGAAGCGAGAGCAGAAGAAGAGUGAGGCGUUGAUGCGGGAGGCCACGGCACGAGGCUUGGUGGAGGACGCGAAGGGCGACAAGAUGCGGAAUCUCAUCCAUCCCCAACUGUUACAGACGCAGCAUUUGGGUCUGGCGGUCGAGCAGCAGUGGGGCGAGAUGGACCGCAACGGCUUGAUGGGGCGCUGGAUCCGCCAGGGCAAGGACCAAGAGCGCGUGAAGAGGUGCCUCGCGAAGCACUACCUGCAGCUUUGUGAGCUAUUUAAAUUCUACGGCGCGUCGGUCGGCAUGGCCGAUCAACACUUAGUGGAGUUCGUGGAGUUCUCGGCGUUUGCGCGCGAUGCCGGAGUGUACGGCGGCGCGCGGUCGCCCAUCGACCAUGCCUUGCUGACGGAGUGCUUCGCCGAGGCGUGUGAAAUACCAGUCACCAAUGUCGUGGAAGCACACAUGGCUUUACCUCAAUUCUUAUCGGCCGUGAUUUGGUUGGCCGAAGUCGUAAAACAUUCGGGGCACACCGGUUCGCAUCAGCGCGAGGAGUUGCAAGCCCUGACGGAGACGGCGAAUCGGCAGCGGUCCCUGGCCAUGCGGCGGGCCGUUGGAGGUGCUGGUGUGGGCGAGAAGCUUGAGAGGUUCCUCCAUGAGGAGAUUGAUUCGUGUGUGCACAAACGCGCGACGCAGCUCAUCGGCUUGGUGGCCAAACAGCAUUUAGGAGAACAAAGAGUCCUGGCGCGGUUCUGGGAAAGGCACCAUGAACUGCGGGCUAUUUAUGCGACGUAUGCUGCGGAAGCUGCUGAUUGGGACCCGCGGGACUGCACGACGCAUCGCCUAUCGUUUGCGAAUUUUCAACUGUUGGUGGAGGAUUCUGGUUUGCUAGAGUCGUCCGGUCCGAAGGAUGAGCUAACCAGAAGGGAGGUGCGCCGGGCCUUCGCGGGCGCUCGCACGGAAGUGGAUCAUGAAAGCGACCACCCGCUGCAGCCGAAGAAGGCGCCACAACCGAAGAAGAAGCCAUCUUCUCUGGACGGCCGCGGCUCGAUGGGCUCGCGCGGCUCGAAGAAGUCGCGCGGCUCUUUGACGAAGGCCUCGUCCGGCCGGAGGUCUAGAGAUGAACCCCCAGUGGACGACUCGGAGAUGCUCUCCUACGCCGAGUUCUGCGAGGCCGUGCUCCGAUUGGCCAUGCUCAAGUGGGAGGACGCCGGCCACGCGCUCGACGACUCCGUCUCGAAGGUUAGGGAUGCGAUCGCCCAGAUUUGCCAACGGUGCACGAACGCCGCGUCUCCCACCAAACGCGGCCGCAAGUAGUAGUGGCUCCCCCCUCUGAGUAAGACUGAUGACACAU